UGUGGUAAAUACUGAGUUGCAUGAGUGCACUUGCCAAGAGUGGCAACACACUGGAAAACCAUGUGAGCAUUCCAUACUUUUUUUGGCAUCUAAACCCAGGUUAAAUAUGCACCCAUAUUUGCAUGAGUAUUAUUCAGUACAAAAAUUCAAAGCUGCAUAUGCAAGUCCAAUUCCUGCACUGACUGACCAAUCUCAGUGGCCUAAGGUGGAAAUAGAAUUUACCUUGUGUCCCCCUGUCACUAGAAGAAAGGCUGGGAGGCCUAAACAGAGCAGAUUCAAAGCUUGGUUUGAGAAAGGUGGUUGUAGUAAGAAGGGGGAAAAGGAAAAGGAAAAGAAUGAUAAGCCCAAAAGGGCUCAAAAAGGUAACAAAAAUAGGUGCAAGUUGUGUGAGGUACUUGGGCACAGAAUUGGUUCAUCCAAGUGCAUCUACACUCCUCAGAGGCCAAAGAGGAAGCGUGCAGAAAAAGCCCCACCUCUUGUUGUUGAACAAUGCUGGCCAGUGAAAAAAGCAAGACUCAGUGGCUAUAGAAGGAAGAGCACUAAGCAGAUAAUGUUUGGUGACAAAGAUAUGGAGCUAACUGAAACUGUUACUGCUGAACAUGAGCUAAGUGUUUGUGUUUUGGACGAUGUGAUGCAUACUGAAUCUGUUUUGCAGACGCUAGGGCAAUCUGAAACUGUUGCAGAUGAAGCAACUGUUGUGCUGCCAUUCGAAUCUGCUUUGACAACUGUGUUGCCAUGUUUGAAGGUUGUGCUGCCAAGUGUUGAGUUGCAAACUGAAGUAGUUGAACAAUGUGUGCCAUCUACUCAAUCUGCAGAAGUGCAAACUGAAGAAGUGGGACAUGGUCAGGUGCAAAAGUUGAGGGGGCCUAGUGGAGUUUGCAAGGGGCCAAAAAUCAAGAGCAUCAGCAUCAACAAACUAUGCGCCGUGGAACCAAACGGUGGAAAAAAGCAGAAGAAAUCGAGUGGUAGAAAGAAACAAAAGAAAUAG